AGAACUCAGCUGAGUCCGAUUCAGCUGAGGUUCUGUGCAGCUGAGUUCUGUUUAUAAAUACGGACCAAGUAAAAAGGGCUUUAUAAAAGCAAUGUUGCCAAAAUUAAUUUUCGAUUUUGACGUCUGAAAGUGAUUUUUUUUUACGAUUUGACAGUUUUAAGAUGUUCGAUGUAUCUGUAGUGGGCAAAAUAAUGAAAAAUUGAAAUUUUUUGGCUAUUAAGACAAAAUGGUAUUGAUUUUUUAAUUUGAUAAUGAUUGUUUUCUCUGGGCUGUCACAUCAAAUUUAAAAGUGCAAACAUGUAUGAAUCCCCAGAUAUUUUGGAAGACGUAUGUUUAGAAGUAGUUAGCGAUAAUAUUCUGACUUAUAUUGAGCCCAUAGAACUUAAGGAAAGCCUUGAUGAUAGUUCAGAAGACAGCGAGUCGUGGGAAGUUUUCGAUCUAAAGUACAAGUUCAAAGAUCCCGAAAUUUUUCUCAUAAAAGAAAUAUCUGAAAAAUUGCUCAAAAAGUUUGGAGAAAAGAGACUUUUGUGCGAUCCCAUUUUAAAUAUAUUUACCCAACAAAACACAAAACUGAAAAAUUUCAAAGUUAGGAAUUGUAGGGUUACAAAAAGUGGUUUGCAAAUUUUGAAACAGCAUAAGAUAGUUAAUUUAGAGUGCGUUAAUAUGAAGAAAAUAGGAAUUGGAGAUAUUUUAGAUUGCCUAAAUGAAUGGUCUAUAGAAAACCUAAUAAGUGCAAAUUUUGCCAAAUGUAGCUUCAUAGACAAGUCUAGGUACAAUUUUAUGGUAAGAAUAACACAUUUAGUGAACCUAAGGAGCCUCAAUUUAGCCUAUACAGAGUUAAAUCAAAAAGUGUUUGAGUACAUUUGCGAGGAUUUAAAACAUUUAGAAAAACUUGACAUAUCUGGUACUCAAGUAGUCGAUCUGAGGCCUCUCACUCAACGUGUCUCAACUCUAACAAGUCUGUCUAUUUGUGAUUUGUCAUCGGCUGAAUACAUCCCUCAAACUGUAGAAAACCUAAAGGGUCUACGAUGUUUAGAUGUCAGUUUCUUCAUGGACAAAAUCGACAACAGUCCCAGUCACCAAAAUCUCUUAACCCUACUAGAAGACCCCAACAUAGUUCCAGAGUUAGCCCUCCUGGACUUGUCUGGAUGGAAGGAAUACAUCCACAGGCAAUUCUUAGUCAAACUCAUAGAAACUCAUCCUAAAUUGCAGGUGCUUGGAAUAGUACUAUGUUCUGCAACUUUUGAUCCGAUGUUUUCAGAUAUAUGUGGAGUGGAUUAUCCGAGACAUUUGAAUAUAGCAGGUUUGGGGAACGAGGAACAGAUUAAGGUUACUCUGACAAAGUAUAAAGAGAAGCAUACAUACAUUCAAAAAGCCCUCUACCAUCUCUUUCAACUAACCAGCUCAUUUCAUGAAGCUCGUCCAGAUAUGUUCAACUUAGUUCUGCCUGUCAUGGAAGCACACUGCAAUAUUUUUGGUGUACAACUUGCAGCCACAGCUUGUCUGUACAAUUUGACAAGAGGAGAACUAUCAAAAAACAUUCACCCAAAGGCCCUCAGCAGAGGGGUGCAUAUGACAUUGUAUGCCAUGGAAUAUUUUCCAGAGGAGUUUCAACUACAAAAAAAUUCUUUAUUGACAUUAUGCAGUGAUAGAAUACUGCAAGAUGUAAAUUUUGACAAAUUUAGAUGCGCCAAAUUGGUACUGGAUGCUCUCUGUCAGUUUGAAGAUGUCAAUAUGGAUAGAAUGGCUGUGGCUAUAUGCAGUAUUUUAGCAGCGAAGGUUUCCACUGAUGAAACGUCAAAACUGGGAGCCAGGCCAGAAUACAUGCGGAAGCUUCUUACUAUGGUUAGACGACGGGUUGAUACCAUGGUGGCGGACAUAACCUUAAAGUUUACGCUUAGCGCAUUAUGGAAUUUGACGGACGAAUGUGCCGCCACCUGUAAGGUGUUUUUGGAAAAUAAAGGCGAGGAUUUGUUUUUGUGUGCGUUGAAGAUUUUUAGGAAUAAUUCUGCCAUUGAGACUAAAGUUUUAGGUCUACUAAAUAACAUAGCCGAAGUUCCUAAACUCAGAAAAAACCUCUUAAUGGACACCCUUAUGGACGAGUUAUCCGACCUUUUACUAUCAGAAAAUAUCGACGUAAGCUAUUUUGCCGCAGGCAUCGUAGCCCAUUUGGCAUCGGAUGGUCCCGACCAGUGGGACCUUAAGAAUCACGCGAGAGAUGACAUGCUCGAAGAACUGAAAAAUGCUGUUACGAAUUGGAAGGUACCCGAGAGUGAAAUGGUGGCCUAUAGGAGUUUUAAACCAUUUUUCUCUUUAUUGAAAGUGAAUAUGGAUUACCAGGUUCAAUUAUGGGCCGUGUGGGCAAUACACUACGUUUGUACAAAAAAUCCAAAGCGAUAUUGCCAAAUGCUCCGUGAAGAAACAGGUCACACUUUACUUAGCGACCUCAUAGAAUUCGAGGGAUCUCAUCAAGAAAUCAAAAGGAUAUGCACGGAGAUCUUGCAAACCACAGAGAUCAGCGUCUAGGGCAAAACGGGAAAACAGCGGGGAAUACAUUUCCCCUAUUUUGCGAAAUACGUCCAAGUGUCGAAAUAAAAUUUGAAAAUGGGUGACCUAAAUUGGGGAGCGGCUGCACAAGGAUCCCAUUUUUGAUCCGGAUCCAACUUUUGAAUUGGAGAUA